CCCUGGGACCCCGAGGAUGUGCCGUAUAGAAACCGAGGGUGUUAGAUAAAUUGCGCUACGUAAGGGAGUCAUUGUUUCAAAUAUUUUAAUAGAAAAUAGGCAAAAUCACGUUUUUUCUAUAGAAGAAUUUUUCGGAAGCGAUAAAAAUCGCUAAAAGCGGUAGAUUUUGUGCUCAACGCGGGAGAGCGGGAGAAGGGGUCCAAAAUCUUGAGACUCCCGCCUAAUGCGGGAGAGUUGACAGCUCUUUCCUGGGCGCAGGUGCAUUAGACGUGCUAGAUAACCCAUGCCUCAAUCCGCAAGGAGCGGUGUAUCUUCCAUGGCUCAAAAAACCCUUUUUGUGGCAGUUGUUGUUGUAUUUGGAGCAUCUUUGUGCAAGGCUGACAAUUUUAAGUUCGGUUUCACAAGAAGCAAAGACUGGGGAUGGCCCGGCAGCUGCGUUGACUACAGCAUCAAAGUCACAAUCCCAGAAACCACUCCACUCAAACUCAAGGUCAAAUCAUCCUUCAACCAGUCAGCGGUAGUUCGCAUCAAACAACUUAAAGUUAAGUCUCUCACCUGCGAGGGAAACACAGGAAGCCCGACGCCUGUCGUGACAUCCCGGGAAGGAAAUUUGAAUAAAAUUGACACAUCUAUUAUUGAUCUGGGUGAUGUCACUGUAGAACCUGGCUCUACCUGUGUUGUGGACUUUAGUGCAAAGCUCCAGCUGCUAGACCACCCCAGCCUGACGCAUGGCGAGACUCUGUGGCAAAGCAUUGGGGUGGAGUACCUGAACAUGUCUGUGUGGGCGGCACAGCAGGCUUACCGCGUUAUGGUUGCACCUGCUACAAGGCCUAACUUAGAUAUCACCGUCCAGCCCAUGCAGGCGUAUACGUCUGACGUCAUCGUGGGCCCAAAUGUCGUGUACCACGUGAAGUUAGCACAUAACUGCGAGUCAUCAGCUGUCGCCGAGACGUCAGAGAUCGUACUCGACAUACCGGACAAACUGGUUUACGCAAGCUUUGCAGCCAAUAGUGGCUCUCUGGCCGUCACCAAGGAGUCAAGCCCUGCCACGCAGCUUAAGUUCUCGGCUGGACUUAUGAACUUCACAGACGUGGUAGACUUCAACAUCACAUUUACGUUUGACAGCGCUAGGUCCCUGGCAGACAGCAAGCUACACUCCUUUGCGGUCUAUGUCAAUCUCAAGUACACCAGUAACACUUGUAGUAGCCCAGACAAGACCUUCACAGGGAGGGUGGGCCCGGCUCCAAGCUGGCUCUUCUACUCCCCAGCCACUACAUGUGAUGACGCGAGUGGGCCCACAGGGAACCCGACAAUGAGCGCCUCUUCGCACGCCUCUGAUGGAGACCCUGGGCGCUCGCUGAUCGUGGCCGGCCGCGGGGAUGUUUGGAAGCCAAAGGCCGGAUACAAGAAAGACAAGAACCAAUACUUGCAAGCCAAAUUUCCGAGCCGUGUCAAGAUCACUCGCAUCACCACCCAAGGGUUUGGCUACGCCAAUGGCACGGACGUCUGUUACGUGAAAAGUCUGCGAUUGUACUACAGCGAUAACGGGGUCGACUGGAAAGCCUAUAAGAUUGGCAGCAAGUACAAGACAUUCAACGCCAACAAGGACGGUCUGAAGAAGACCGAGAUUCCAUUGGAGCGUCACAUAGAGGCGACAUACAUCCGCAUUAACCCGCAAGACAUGAUGAACGAGAUCUGUCUGCGCGUUCAGAUCCAUGGCUGCACCUCCUCCAGCCCGCUCCCAGCGUUUCCUGCUAUACCUAACCGCUCCGUGUUGGUCCAUGGUACAAACGUCUACAUCUGCAACUGCUGGAUGAGCAAGGACGCAUCAGACUCAUGCUGUUACUUCACAACGGACAGAGGCGCAACAUGGAACAACGUCGACUUUCGUGUGAAGCAUGUGGCCUUCGUCGAUCCGACCACCAAUCAGGUGUACGGGUUGGGAUCAAAGACGGCGUACCUUCGAAACAAGGCUGGUAAAUGGCAGACCAUCACCAUGGCAACCUACGACACUGCUAAAGCCUUGAGUACUUCCGUUCAUGGCAAGAGCGCUGACCACCUGGGAAAUUAUGAAGGGAUGCCCGCCAAUCCGGAGACUGCCGAUCGCCUGACUGCCAGCGACUCGUCCAUUUGGGGAGGGGGGUACUGGCUGGACCCCCCCUUGAUCCGCCGCAGCCACUGGUCAAGGAAUACACAUGUCUCUGGAUACAGGGAACACCUGGGAGCUAAAGGCUUCUUGGCAUUGCAAAGAUCCUGUUGCCUGAGCGUUGGUUGAGCGAAGAAUGCAUUUAUAUAGUAGUAUGAGAAAAAUCAGGAAAGCCUCGUCCAGUUAAAACUCUUUAAAAAAUUGCUUUGUGCACAGAUUCAAAAUGAGCUUCUUUGUGCUUGUGAAUCGAAUCGGUUUCCAGUUAAGAUAAAAUAAACUUUGACUAAGAUGAUGGGAAACCAGAAUACCGUUAUAGUAGGUGUACGAUUGUUAUAAGUACUCUUGUAUUGUCUAGUUGCAUGUAAGUAUUUUAGUAUAUUGUAUAAUGUAUCAAAUAUCGAUACAAACAUAAUAACAACGACAAAGGGCUAUGCCCUGAAAGAUAACAUUACAACGGCAGCCAACUUUUGUAAUCAGCCAAUUUUUAUAAUGGUGAGGAGAUCAGAUUUCUCUUUAUCACAUUUUCUGUUACCACUGCCUUUAAAACAAGACUUAUCAAUCUUAAUAUAAUUUUCUGAGGCCAUGCACGCUUUAGGAAAAAUGCAUGUGCAUGUGAUAAUUUUCCAAGCAAAGAAUUCACUAAAAAGUUGUAAUUGACCCAAGCAUUAUUCAAGCGGGGGUAAUGUGCUGAUCCUGAGUAUUAGAGGUCGCGAUGACGGAAUAUUACUCGCAAUAAUGGAAGAAAAGCUCGGAGAAUAUUUACAAUAUUUAAGCGUAUGUCUCAUCGGGCUGGAGAGAAGGGGGAAGGGAAAAUAAAUUGACGCCAUAUAUAGCCAUAUAUAAGGCCACAAGCCAAUUAUAUUGUCUAAAGCGAAGAGGGUUGGUUAAAAGCAAAACGAAAUGUAAGAAGAAACAGUGGGUCUUAAUAAAAAAAUACCACAUAA